AUGGAUUUUAAACCGUUUUUCCUUCGAGGAGAAGUGGUCCACGGCAAAGGCCGCGGUGGGUCUCAACUUGGAUUUCCCACAGCCAAUAUUGGACUCAACACACAUGUGAUGGAGGAGUUAUUACCAUACAAGGAUUUAGUCUUGUAUGGAUGGGGAAGUGUGGUCCCACUCGCUGGAAAGAGUGCUGCAGAUGGAAUGGGCCCUUAUCCCGUUGCCAUGUCUAUUGGAUAUAAUCCACACUUUCACGAAAAGGCAUUAACAGCAGAAGUGCAUUUCUUGCAUAAGUUUAAUGAUGAUUUUUACGGUGCUGUUGUAAAAGUUGCGGUUCUGGGAGUUAUUCGCGGAAUGCAGGCGUAUAAGUCGCUGGAGGCUUUGGUGGAGGCUAUUAAUGAAGAUAUUCGACAGACAAAAGAAGCAUUACAGAAACCAGAAUUCCUGCACAUCAAAGACCUUCCCUUAUUGACACCGAGUCUUGGUUCUUCUGAAAACAUUCCAUUCUUUGAGAAGUUGAACACUUGA